UCACUCAAGAUGGAAGUGUCCCCCUUUGUGAUAGUUUUCGCCAUUUUUUCUAUCGUCUCGUCUGGACCAGUCCUACAGGGUCGGGCUACGCAAGAAAAUAGUGGGGCAAACCUGGAGUACUUCUUAGUUGAAACUAGUCCAGGAGUUUACGAGGUCGAAGACUUAGUCAACUCAGAAAUAACAGUUUUGGCGGCUGAAGCCGACAUUGUAUACUAUUAUUUUAACCAAAACGACACCCUUGUGGGCACUGAAAUUCUGAGCACAAACAUCGCAGCUUUAGGCGAUACUGAGUUCUCAACUGAUUUGGAGACCGUAUUUUUAAUACACGGAUGGAACGGAAACAAAACUGCCGAAUCCAACACUGAACUUACAGAAGCUAUUUUAGCCGUUCACAACGUCAAUAUCAUCGUAGUAGACUGGAGUGCUUUCGCGAUUAACAAUUAUAUCUCAGCCAAAAGCUCCGUAGACGAGGUAGGAGAGUACGUAGCAAAUUUUAUCCAAUCCCUGGUGGACACGUCCGACCUAGACCUGUCCACAGUGACUCUGAUUGGCUUCUCGCUUGGCGCUCAUGUGGCUGGCAACGCCGGAGCUGGCCUCGAUGGACAAGUCGCUGUUAUUAUAGGGCUAGACCCCGCCGGACCGUUGUUCUCUGUAUUCAACACCGACGAACGCUUAGACUCGGACGAUGCCCAAUUCGUUCAAGUCAUCCAUACCAGUACUUUGCUAGGCUACGAUCUACCCUUGGGUAAUGCAGAUUACUUCCCCAAUGGAGGCACAGCCCAGCCUGGAUGUGGUAUCGAUGUUGUCUGUAGUCACGAGAGGGCGUACAUUUAUUACGCGGAGUCUGUUCUGGCUAGUACCAAUAACUUCGUGGCUUUGCAGUGUUCUACCUACGCGCGUUAUAUAUUUGGUACUUGCAUUGGAAAUGACGAAUCCGUCAUGGGAGGCUACCCUGUUAACAAAACGGCCAAUGGAAGCUAUUAUUUGAAUACAAACAACGCCUCUCCCUUCGCUUAAGUUGAUUAAUAGCCUUUAAAACUUUUAGCCUUGAUGUAAAGAACAUGUUAACUUCUGUUCAGUAUUUAUUUAGGCACCAAAAUGUUCAAGUCGAAUGUUACACUUAAGAAUAGACAUUAGUUAUAAUAAAUAAAAUUAUAAAUGCAGU